AUGAAUUUUAAAAUAUUAAUUGUCUGUGGAUUAUUAAUAGUGAGCUGUUACUCAGCACCAAGACAUCGUCGACAGGCAGAUGAUGACAAAACAGAGGGAGAAGGUGGAAAUAAUACGGGAGGACAGAUAGAAGAACCAACAGAUCUAACUGACGAAGAAAUAGAGAAAGCAAAAGCUGCAUCACAGGAAGUACCGCAGGAAGUUACUGAGGAUACACAAAAAAGUGAUCCACAAAACGACGGGCAGUCACCAGACCAGGAUAUAGAACAGCAAGAUAAUGGAGGUGAUGAUAGUACAUCCGAUAAUGAUCCUAGUGGAAACAAUGACAAUGAUGGUGAUGGUGGUGAUACAGAGCACGGUGAGGGUUCUAAUGAAGAUAAUGAUGGAAAUAAUGAUAACAAUAAUGAUGAAGAUAACAGCGAAAAUGAUGAGGGCAAUGAUGAAAAUGGUGAAGGCAGUGGUAUGAAUCCGGACGAUGAAGACUCUGGUGAUAGCGAUCCAACUGAAAAACCUGAAGAUGAUUCAGAUUUAAAUGGUGGUGAUACAGAGAAUGGUGAAGGUUCUGAUGCAAAUGAUGAUAGCGGUAAUGAUGCAGAUAACGGUGAAAAUAAUGGGAACGAUGAUAAAAAUGGUGAAGGCAGUGGUAUGAAUCAGGACAAUGAAGACUCUGGUGAUAGCGAUCCAACUGAAAAACCUGAAGAUGAACCUACUUCCGAUGAUCCAAGCCCAUCAGAAGACACUGAGACUACUGAAAAACCUGAAGAUGAUUCGGAUUUAAAUGGUGGUGAUACAGAAGACGAUAAGGGCUCUGAUGAAAAUAAUGAUGGAAAUGAUGAAGGCACUGAUAUGAACCAAGACAAUGAAGAUUCUGGUGAUAGUGACCCAACUGAAAAUCCAGAGAACGAACCAACUUCUGAUGAUCCAAGCACAACAGAUGACACUGAGACUACUGAAAAAUCUGAAGAUAACUCAGAUUUGAAUGAAGCUGCAAAAAGUGCUGAUGACGAUACCAAUGAUGGAAGUAUCACAGACGAAACCAAUGAUGAAUCAACUGACUUAGGAGCUCCUCCUGGGUCAGAUAGCGACAGUAAGGCCGAUGGAACUACAGAAGAUUCUUCUGCUGGAGACGAUGAUAGCAGCGAUGGAACUACGAAAGAUUCUUCGGCUGGAGAUGAUAGUAACGAUGGUACUACAGAAGAUCCUUCUGCUGGAGAUGAUGAUAGUAGCAGCGAUGGAACGACUGAAGAUUCUUCUGCUGGAGAUGAUGAUAGUAGUGAUGAAACGACAGAAGAUCCUUCUGCUGGAGAUGAUGAUAGUAGCAGCGAUGGAACGACUGAAGAUUCUUCUGCUGGAGAUGAUGAUAGUAGUGAUGAAACGACAGAAGAUUCUUCUGCUGGAGAUGAUGAUAGUAGUGAUGGAACGACAGAAGAUUCUUCUGCUGGAGACGAUGGAACGACUGAAGAUUCUUCUGCUGGAGAUGAUGAUAGUAGUGAUGAAACGACAGAAGAUUCUUCUGCUGGAGAUGAUAGUAACGAUGGUACUACAGAAGAUUCUUCUGCUGGAGAUGAUAGUAGCGAUGGAACGACUGAAGAUUCUUCUGCUGGAGAUGAUGAUAGUAGUGAUGGAACGACAGAAGAAUCUUCUGCUGGAGAUAAUGAUAGUAGCGAUGGAACGACAGAAGAUUCUUCUGCUGGAGAUAAUGAUAGUAGCGAUGGAACGACAGAAGAUUCUUCUGCUGGAGAUAAUGAUAGUAGCGAUGGAACUACUGAAGAUUCUUCCGCUGGAGAUAAUGAUAGUAGUAGUGAUAAAAAUACCGAAGAACCUCCUGCGUCAGAUGACAACAGUAAUAACGACGGAACAACCGAAAAGCCUCCAGCUUCAGAUGACGAUAGCUCAGGAGACUUAGAAUACAGAAACGGUAAAGGUACAAUUGCUACUGUGCUUAGUUCUGUCGAUGAUUUACUUAACGCUCCUUUGAAGGGAUUAAAAAGCGUAUACAAUUUCUUUGGUCGUCAGUUUGGUUGGGAUCAUGCCGAUCGAACUUAG